AUGGCCCCUAUCCGUCGUUACUUGCGUAUAAGCAAAUACUCGGUGCUGGAGUGCCGCAUUUACCUGGACAAUCCAUCCGACUCGCGAUGGCUCUUGAAUCCACGCGAUCCGGUUCUCCAACGCGUCUUCGCUGCGAUUCGACCGUUAGUCCUGCCCAAGUUGCGGGAGGAGAAUGAAAGGCUAUGGUCGCGCAAGAAGGGCAAGCCCGUGAAGGAUGUUAUUGCUGAAGAUGAAUUCGAAGUAGCCAUCUUCCUCCGCGAGUCGCGAACCCGUCAUGCUUUGUUGACCCGCAACAAGACUUUCCACGAGCUGGAUAGCAAGAAGAACCAAAAGUUGAAAGCAGAGUCCGGGGAAGAUUUGACGGAAGACUCAGCGGGCCCAGCCCAGUCUGUCAGGGCAGAGGUUAUUCUCGAUAGUGACGACAGCGAGGCUGAGGUCGAUUUGCGCAAUAUUCCCGAAACAACAGGAGAGGACAAUGAUCCAGAAACUGUCACAUUAUCGGAAAUUGGGGCAGAGGCUCAAACCGGAGAGGAGGCUGCAGGAGAUGAGAAGAAGAUGCGCUUCAGCACCCAUUACGAAAGCUUCAACAUUACAGGAUGGGUGCUUUGCUUGCUCAUCACUCGCAAAGGGGACCGGGCUCAGGGUCGCACAGCUACAUCAGAACCGAAACAGCCUCUUAUGGAGGAAUGGAUUUCCACCCAGGCCCAGACAGGUCUGGGCGAGGACUGA